UCCACCAAUCAGAUUUCUAUUUGUGUGCUCAUUGGGCGGCAGGUUCUCACUGUAUCUUAUCCUACCGUCAGAGACUUCUGAGUGGCGCGGCGCGUCGAUCCCAAGUGAGAAGCACACUGGAGCAACCAUGGUGAAGAUUUUCAUCGGGAACCUGUCUCAGCAUGCUGAGAAGGAUGAAGUUGAAGCUCUGUUUGCAAAGUACGGCACAGUGACCGAAUGUGCAAAGUACAAAAACUACGCUUUUGUCCACAUGGAAGACCGCAAGGCCGCCACCAAAGCCAUCCGUGAGCUCCAUCUGUACAAGCUCAGUGGCAGGCCCAUCAAUGUGGAGCCCAGCAGGGGGAAGAACCAGGGCCCCGUCAAGCUGCACGUAGCCAAUGUAGAGAAAGGCUACAGUGACGAGCUGCGUGCACUGUUUGAGGAGUACGGCACCGUCUCCGAGUGCUCCAUUGUGAAGGACUUUGCUUUUGUGCACAUGGAUAACUCUGAUGAGGCCAUGGAUGCAAUGAAAGGCCUGGAUAACACAGAGUUUCAAGGGAAGCGCAUACAUGUUCAGAUAUCAAAAAGCAGAAGAGCGGUGCACAAGGAGGAUGAGUAUCCCCCUCCGCCAAACAGAGGAGGCUAUUAUCCUCCUCGCUACCCAGGGGAGAUGCCCGAGCCUCCCUACAGAGGUCGCAUGUCCGCUUACCCGCCUCCGCCUCCGCCGCCCCCUCCUCCUCCGAGACGACCAGCGUAUCCUGACCGUGGCUAUGGCGAGCGAGACGGCUAUGGGGUGGUCGAUUACUAUGAGAAAUACAGAGCCCGUCCUUACAGCAUCCCGGGCUACGAUGACAGGCGUUCCAGUGCCAUCCCCCCUCCUCCGCCUCCUCCUUCGGCGUUGGUUAGAGAACGUCUCGGGAUGGGGUCCCUCGAUCCAUACGAGCGACGGCCGCUCCCCCCUCCUCCUCCUACGUCCUACAUGGCCAGGGACCGAAGCCCCAUCAGACGAGCCCCGCUUCCACCUGCUCCGUCAGCUGGUAACGGCUACCCCUACGAGCGGUCCCGGCUCUCCCCGCUGUCCCGGUCUCAGAUGUAUGCGGCCCCCCGCCCCAGGGACUCGUUCUCGGAGAGAGUUCAGCCGCUGCCGCCACCGCCACCUCGCUAUGCAAGCUAUUAGGCACACAAGAGUAUAAUACAAGGUUUAGAAUAUGACAUGAUCGUCGUCGUCUGCUGAUGUACGUGGUGCUAUACAUCCCUCUCGUCUAUGGCGGAUUGCGUUGCGUUCGCCUGAGACUUACUGGAAGAUACUGUAUUGCGGAACAGCCCCGUACUUUAAAAACAUACGAUUCCAUGUCUACAGUUCACGUAUUCUCCUGAGCUGUUUAUGCCUUUCUUGUUCCUCUGCUUGUUUUACUGUUCAAAUCCUUAAAGUGUUUCACAGAAUAGGAUGCUGGCGUAGGUGCUUAGUCUAUUUCAGUGUGACACACAGCACUGAUCUUGGCCAAAAAAAACUAUACACUCUGCUUUUCAAUCUUUCUAAAUGGAAAUGGCCUCUGGAAGACUGUGACAGAAUUUCAUAACAAGGGAAGUCAAUUAAAUGAGAAUAUAUGUAGUCUUUGUAAGCAAAAUUAUUGUAGUUUGUUCAGUCUAAGGGUGUUGGUUGAUCACUAAAUGCUCAUCAAAAGAAGUUUAUAAAAUUCAGCGUAUAAGUGCUUUAAUAUCUUGGUGUGGCAGGUUGUACAUUAAGCUCUUAAGUUUUCCGACGCAUGUAAAGCAUGACAAAUCAAAAGUUCCAGGUUGGUUUUGUUCUUUUUACAUUUGUGUUAACUUUUUCUAGCGUAAACAGAAUCUAUAGCAACGUUAUGUAUGAUUUUAUUUACUUUACAAAUUGCUUUUCCUUUGAAGGCUUUUUAAUAAACACAUGAAACCAAAAAACAA